CCUAAUACCAUUUCUACUGUGGACAGAAGCAGGCAAGGGACAACGUUUGAGAGAAAUAGAUUUCUUUUUUUAUAAAUAGAUAUUUAUAUUAUUACUUGAUAUUAACCAAAGCUCUUUCCAUUUUGACUAUUUCUUUCUUUUUCAAUUAACUUAAAAUCUUGCAAUUUUGAAUCUUUUCCUGUUAAAUUUCUUUGUAUUUUUUUUUGGUCAUAUUUUCUUUUUUUAUAUAUAUUUUCAUCAGCUUGGAGCACUGAAAGGUAGAGCUGGCUACGAUUUUUGAAAAAGUCUUUUCAUCUUUGUCGAGGACAUUGCUUGUCCUAUAUUUGUCAGAAGUUGGUGUCUUAACGUGACAUUCAUAUCAACGGCAGCCAUGAGUGCCUCGAUAACAAACACAGUCGGAAAUGACAAGGGCGAAAGCUUGGACUUCAUGCAGAAUCGGAUCGAGUCGCUGAGCAGCAAAAUGGACAAGCUCAUCCACAUUCAGGAGAAGGUGCUCUACAGACUGGACGGGAUGUCCCAUGACAUUGAUGACAUUGAAAAGGAUAUGGAGAAUCUGAAGGUUGACAAGGAGGAGAUCCAUUUGCCGCCCAGAGUUAUGAGCCAGACCCAGGUGAUGGGGCGAGAAGUGAAGAAGAUCUGCCAGGAGAUGAGCACCAUUAUGUCGGCAGUGAACCAGCGGUCUGAGCAGCAGGCUCAGAAGCUUGAAGGGAUGGAAAAGCUGGUCCUCAGCAUGCAGCAGGUGAUCGGCUUCAUCGGGGAGACAGUGAAGAGUUCAAAGAUUAUGGAGCUGAUACUCAAAGGUCCGACUUCUCGGAAGGUCUCCAAACCCAAAGACAACAAAGGAAAGCAAGCUAUCAAGCGGAAAUCGUCUGCAGACACAAUAACCAAGAGACAGGACAAGAAAACUACCUCUAACAAAACCAGUAAAGGGAACCAACAGAUAACUUCUGCAUGUGAGCCCAGUGCUCCACAGCCUUCUCACAAGAUAACGCUCCACGGACCAAAGCAUUUCCUCGCCUCCCGCAAAUGUGGAUACUUUAUGAAAGACCAUAAAAGCAGUGACGGGGUAGAGAAGCCUUGUCUGAGCCCCAAAAGUCAAAAAGCUCAGAAGAGGAUGAAGCCACCAGACACAACAGAUAACAUCUCGCUGAAGAAGCAGGUUUUGCUUCGUCAAGAGGUCCAGAAACUAAAUUGGGAAAACUCAGAGAAAACAGCUCACCAGCUCACUGCUGGAAGCCUGGAUGUGGAGGCUGCAGUUCCCCCCACAGAUCAGCAGCUUGAGUCUUCUGCUUGCAAGUUGGUGGACCACCAGUAUGAAGAUUCCCAGGCGGUUGAGAAGAACCACGAGGUUGUUAAGGCGUCUAUUAAAGAGGAAGCACAGACAACCAUUCCUGAGGGAGAGCCAGUGGUUGCAGAGCAGGAGCCUAAGCUUGAUAAGGAGGAUGCUGAGAAGGAGAAGGAAGAGAAAAAGCUCAAAGUCCCAGAGAAAACAAAGGAAGAGGAAGCUCCUGCUGCAGAAGAAGUAGCUAAACCCCCAGAGAUACCUGCUCCCCUUGACACAAAAAAAGAUACAAAAGAACCAACUCCUGCAAGGCCUGACACCUCCCCAGCUGAGCAAGACCAGGUAGAGGAGAGCAGCAGCACAACUGCCAAGUCCUUUGUGACCGAGGAACACUUUGUCGUGGAGGAAUACACAGCAGGCCACGAGAAGGUGAAGGAGACGAAAGAAGACGAGGAAGAGAAUGACCCAAAGCUUGAGUCUGCGGGCUUGGCCGUGUUCAAGUCGGAUGAAGUUGAAUACCAGUUUAACCUCAAGCAAAAGUUGGAGAUGGAGACGGAGGACAAUGAUGCAGAAAAGGAGGAAGAUGGCAAUGUUGAGCGCUACUUUAUAGACAUCGCUCCUCCUCUAGGGGCUCCUUUCAAUCACCGCAUUGUGUCGGCCAAGCCUAAUCAGAUCAGCAACUUCUACACCAUAAGCUGGCAAGACAUACUGGGCGGGGGUCGUUUCGGCCAGGUGCAUAAAUGUGUUGAAAACUCAUCCGGUCUCACUUUCGCAGCCAAGGUCAUUAAAGUCAGGAGUCAGAAGGAGAAGGAAAUGGUGAAGAAUGAGAUCCAGGUCAUGAAUAAUCUGGACCAUGCCAACCUGAUCCAGCUCUAUGCAGCUUACGAGUCAAGGAAUGACAUCAUCCUUGUUCUUGAAUUUGUUAGUGGAGGCGAGCUGUUUGACAGGAUCAUUGAUGAAAACUACACUUUAAUGGAGCUGGACGCCGUGAUGUUCAUCAGGCAGAUCUGUGAGGGCCUGCAGCACAUGCACAAAAUGUACAUCUUGCACCUGGAUCUAAAGCCUGAGAAUAUUCUGUGCGUGAGCAGAGUCACAAACAAGAUCAAAAUCAUCGACUUUGGUCUCGCCAGAAUAUAUAAACCCAGGGAGAAACUGCGAGUGAAUUUUGGCACUCCAGAGUUUCUCGCCCCAGAAGUCAUCAACUACGACUUUGCGUCAUUUAACACAGACAUGUGGAGCCUCGGCGUCAUCACCUACAUGCUCCUGAGUGGUCUCAGCCCCUUCCUCGGCGAUGAUGACAAUGAGACUCUGAAUAACAUCUUGGCCUGUCAGUGGAACUUUGAGGAACAUGAGUUCAGGGAUACGUCAGAAGAAGCCAAAGAUUUCAUCUCCAGGCUCCUAAUUGUAAAUAAAAGUUGGAGGAUGAGUGCAUCUGAAGCCUUGAGACAUCCUUGGUUGUCAAGCACAGGGCUUCAUCAUCGCCUUCAUUCAAAGAAAACCAUGUGUAGGUCACGGCAAUCAUCAUGUGUGCUCGUGCCAAAUAGUUGAGGGCACUACAUUGAUGUGACAGCUCCAGCUGUGGCCACUUGGACCAACGCUCCUGUCCAUGUGUAUUAAUCUAAACUUCGGUAGAUGUACCUGUGCCGUUUCUUUUGAAAAGUCCUAAACUGUGUUGUGUUAAUGUAAGAAAAUGUACCAAAGCAGUCUUCAAGCAAUUACAUAUUGAAUUAUUUUACUCAUCGUCAAUGUAAAGCGAGAGAAACAACAAGUAAAGAAAAAUACUAAGAUCAUGUUACAUUAAUAAGCAGUUUUCAUUCAAUCAGAGAGAUGAGUUUUCAAUGAAUGGUGGUGUUUUAAUGCACUACAAUAAUAUAUGAGGUUGCUUUUUCGUCGUGUUUAUGUUUGCACAUUCUACUUAUACUUCACGUUCAGUUAUCCAAUCUCUUAUCUAUAACCAAAUACGUGUAUACUUAAUACACUACCAUUGUUUGCUGCUGUUUUCAUGUCCUACUGAUAGAUUUCAAGAAUUUAAAUGUUAGAAAUAUACCUCAACUGCCCAAGGCUACAACAUGAUUCAAGUGAUGUGACACGUGUCAUAACUCGUGAUGCCUUUCUCCCCCCCUCACUUAGAAAUGUUGUGUCCGAGCUGUAAAUAGACGGCGAACUGUAGAUUGAAAUCCACGUGUUGUCGUGGCUUAUGGAGGGUGUUUGUUGUGCUGUGCGUCGAGAGAGAGUUUGUGUGGCUGUUGUCAUGAGUUGUCGUAUAUGUGCACUUUAUACUGUUAUUUAUUUAAACACAUAUAUCAUAUAUCAUAUUCGCUGCUAGUACAAUUCAUCUUAUUGUGCUGUGUGCCUGAGCUGCCAUGCCACUGGAGUGCACUCUGGCUGCGUAUUCACAUCCCUCUAGAGGCGCUUUCAACAUUUCAAAGUUGUCUUUGAAAUACCUUCUGUGAAGGUUCACUACAUACACUACCUACUUAAUGAUAACUCAGUGCAUAAACUAUUGUUAGUUACUACGUUUUUAUGAUUUCUAUGUUGUUGAACACGGACUGACUGUGAGAGAAGCUGUCCCCACCGAGUGUUAGGAAAUUCAAAUUCAGCAUGUAGUUGUGUAGUGUGUAAAUCUCCAUUAAAGUGGAACUGUCACCAGA